AUGGUGGAGAUACUCCUUUAUUUGUAUAGGUAUAGCCUUGGUGUUGAAAGCUCUGACCCGUGGAAUCAUACCCACAUUCCCUUCAAAACGGCGUCCUUCAAAGGUUCUUGGACCCGGGAUCCUGGGGACGUGGUUGAACAGAACCGGUUGUUCUCACGCAAGUCCAACCUUGGGAAGAACAAGUCCGAGUGGCAGCGCCAGUGCGUCCCCGGCCCCUCGUCUUCGUCCUUCCCUUCAAUUCUUCGUCCACCCGCCGUUCGUCUCGCCAACCCCGUCAAUCACGUCCCGAGAAUUACUCCAAUCUCUAUUCCUCCAUACCAAUCCGACGAAAAUCUUCCUCUCGGCCCCCAGUCUCCUCUACUCAGCGUUCCCGAGCGCCGACGCAGUCGCCUCACUCCCUCCCCCUCCCCGUCCAGUCUUCUCGUCGAGCGCAGCCAAGGCGAGACCGAGAGUGGCCGUACGAGUAUCGCUUUACCUCCUCGCCAUCGGAAGAGUGAACACCUGUCCCCGACAGAGAUGGCCGCAGCAUUUGCAGGCAGUGCGGCCCGGGAUAUAGAGAAUCUGCGGCCUCCGGAGGAGGUCCAUUUGGCUUCCGAUGGAACACGCCGAGAUGCUCAACAACCCCGACAUGUCCAGUCCCAAACCUCCUUACGGUCGCAAUCCCAAAUCGCCACUGUCCCCUCCAAUACAGGUCAACAGGCUCCGGCAGAUGUCGCCGAGGAACUGGCCUGGGGUCCCGCCCACCCCUGUUAUCCUCAUUUCAACCCCCAUGUCCCGAUCGGUUCGCCAGAAUACCUCACAACGCGAGUCAUUCGUAUUCGACGCGAUUGGAUGGUCAAAGGAGACCUGGCACCGACAUUCUCAAACCUAUACCCAGAGAUCUUGGACCCGUUACUAUCGGAGCAGGAGUUCCGCCAAAUCGUCUCGACAGUCAACAAUGGCGUUGUCAAGGCAUUCGACCCCUAUAGCCUGCGCAACUGGGUGGAUGGGGUCAUUGGUCUCUUGACCGGCUGGGUUUGGGACGACUUGAACGCCCCCGGGGUCAAGGGCGAACUGCAGCAGGUGGAGUCCUGGCUUCAGAACUGGAAUCGCGAAGUCGGUGCCAAGGACGGUGUACACAUUUGGAGCCUACGACGAACGGCAUACAUGUCGAUCGAUAUCCAGAUUCCUGAUCCCAAGGUUGGAAUCGUGCCCAGCGAGGCCCCCUCCUUGCCGAAUACCAGGCCCAGCACUGGUGUUGGGAAUUGA